CAGCACACCACUCCACACCACACCAUAUGAGCUUCUGUUUUCUUCCAGCUUUAUUUUCACUUUUCUCACCCUCGUGAUACCUCAAAUCCCUCUCACUCUCCCUCUCUCUCCUCCCUCACAUUACCCACUGCUCGCUCUCACACAUGGGGUUUCGUCUGAAACCCAUUCGCCGCCGUCUACAGACCGGCCGGGAAACCACUUAUUGCUUCUGUCCAAACCUCUGUUAGAACAAUCCCGUUGUUCUUCUUCUCCCCUUUUGUUAUUAUUUUAUAUUUUAGAAAUAUAAUGGCAGUGAGUUUUAAUGCUAUGGUGUGUUUCGUUCUCAUUACGCUUCUGGCACUGAGUGGUGGACCAGUCAACUCGGAGCCGACUCAGGACAAGCAAGCCCUCCUUGCAUUUCUAUCCCAGACCCCACACGCGAACCGGGUCCAAUGGAAUGUGUCCGUUUCGGCCUGCACCUGGGUUGGAAUCAUCUGCGAUGACAACCAGUCCUACGUCUACUCCCUCCGCCUCCCGGGCGUUGGCCUCAUCGGCUCGGUCCCGCCCAACACACUCGGCCGGCUGACUCAGCUCCGGGUUUUAAGUCUCCGGUCUAACCGACUCUCUGGUCCAAUUCCCACCGAUUUCUCCAACCUAACUCUGCUCCACAACCUCUACCUUCAGGGGAACCAAUUCUCGGGUGAGUUUCCGACUUGGUUGACCAGGUUGGAGCGGUUGAACCGGCUCGAUCUCAGCUCUAACAACUUUACUGGUUCGAUUCCGUUCGCCAUUAGCAACCUGACCCAACUGACCGGGCUUUUUCUUGAAAACAACGGUUUCUCAGACAAGCUGCCCAGCAUCCCAGCUGGCAAGCUGGCCAGUUUCAAUGUUUCCAACAACAAACUCAACGGCUCAAUCCCGGCGUCGCUAUCCAAAUUCCCCGCCUCCUCAUUCUCCGGAAACUUAGAUCUCUGCGGCAGCCCACUUCCGCCGUGUAAGCCAAUUUUUCCGCCGCCCACUCCGUCUCCCGAGUUCCCGCCCAUAAUCCCAGUCAACAAGAAGUCCAAAAAGCUCUCCACAGCUGCCAUUGUCGCCAUCGCCGUGGGGUCCGCUCUAGCCCUGUUCCUGCUCCUUCUCAUUCUCUUCCUCUGCCUCCGGAAACGGCGGCGUCAGCAGCCGGCGAAGCCCCCGAAGCCACCUGUAACGACACGGUCGGUGGCGGCGGCUGAGGCUGGAACAUCAUCAUCGAAAGACGACAUCACGGGAGCGUCCACCGAGGCGGAGAGAAACAAACUUGUGUUCUUCGACGGCGGAGUUUACAGCUUCGAUUUGGAGGACUUAUUAAGAGCGUCGGCGGAGGUUCUGGGGAAGGGGAGCGUGGGGACGUCGUACAAGGCGGUGCUGGAAGAAGGGACGACUGUGGUGGUGAAGCGGCUGAAGGACGUGGUGGUUACGAAGAGAGAGUUCGAGAUGACAAUGGAGGUUCUGGGGAAGAUUAAGCACGACAAUGUGGUGCCGCUGCGCGCGUUUUACUUCUCGAAAGACGAGAAAUUGCUCGUCUACGACUAUAUGUCCGCCGGCAGCUUGUCUGCACUUCUCCACGGGAGUAGGGGCUCGGGCCGAACGCCACUUGACUGGGACAACCGCAUGAAAAUAGCGCUAAGCGCGGCGAGAGGAAUAGCGCGCCUCCACGUAGGCAAGGUCAUCCACGGCAACAUUAAGUCAUCCAACGUCCUGCUCCGGCCCGACAACGACGCCUCCGUUUCGGACUUCGGCCUCAACCCGCUCUUCGGAACCUCCACGCCGCCGAACCGGGUGGCGGGAUACCGCGCGCCGGAGGUGGUGGAGACCCGAAAGGCCACGUUCAAAUCCGACGUGUACAGCUUUGGCGUGUUGAUGCUGGAGCUGUUGACCGGGAAAGCGCCCAAUCAGGCGUCGCUUGGGGAGGAGGGAAUUGACCUCCCGCGGUGGGUGCAGUCGGUGGUCCGGGAGGAGUGGACGGCGGAGGUGUUCGACGUCGAGCUAAUGAGGUUCCACAACAUUGAGGAGGAGAUGGUGCAGCUUUUACAAAUCGCCAUGGCGUGCGUGUCCACCGUACCCGAUCAAAGACCCGCAAUGCAGGAGGUGGUCCGCAUGAUCGAAGAUAUGAACCGAGCUGAGACAGAUGACGCUUUAAGACAGUCGUCCGAUGAUCCAUCGAAAGGAUCCGACGGUCAUACUCCUGCCGCUGAGUCGAGGACCCCACCCAGCGUCACACCCACGCCUUAGAAAAUAAUUUCAAUUUAAACGAAGAAAAAAUUGUAAAG